CCUUUCAACUGGCGGCACAGACUCAUUUCUUCACACACCAGCUCUGAGUGGAAGCUCAGCAGGGGUGUUCGAGAUAUUAGCCUUGUUGUUAGGGGGGGACACACGGCUGAGGGACGUCUACCAUCCACAGAGAAAAGAGCCGACAGUCAGGAGAAUGGGCAAAUCUGAAAGCCAAAUGGACAUCAUGGAGAAGUCGAGUAAACCAGGAACGCGUCGUUGGACCACUGCAGAAAUGGGUCUGUUUGUGUUAUUGCUGUUGGUUAGCUGUGCUUUGGCCGGGCUGAUCGUCCUCUACACAUCAGCUGUCAAAGCUAAUUCACAACUAUCAAACAGGCCUCCUCCUGGUGAAGGCCAACGUUAUGACUCAAACCUCAACAAUGUUUGCACAACUGCAGAGUGCGUAACUACAGCUGCUCGGCUCUUGCAGAACAUGGAUGAGUCUGUGCAGCCCUGUGAUAAUUUCUAUCAGUAUGCCUGCGGGGGUUGGUUGGAGCAUCACGUGAUUCCGGAGACCAGCUCUCAGCACAGCAUCUUUGACAUUCUGAGGGACAAGCUGGAGAUUGUCCUCAAAGGUGCUCUUGAGACAGAAAAUGAGCAGGAAAGGGAUGCCAUCAGGAAGGUCAAAAUCCUUUACAGCUCCUGCAUGAAUGAGAGCCUGAUAGAGCAGCGUGACUCCGAGCCUCUCCUUAAGCUCAUUGACACGGUUGGAGACUGGCCUGUUGCAUCAGACGCCUGGAACACUACCACAGAGGAAGCGUGGAGCCUCGAGGACACACUGGCAAUGCUGACGGCUCGUUUCCACAAGAAAGUUCUGCUAGACAUGUACGUGUGGACAGACGACCGGGACUCUCUGCGCCACAUCAUUUAUGUUGACCAGCCAGCACUUGGAAUGCCAUCCAGAGACUAUUACUUCAACAAUGGAAACUACAAAAAGGUUCAAGAGGCCUACCUCCAUUUUAUGGUUUCUAUUGCGAAGAUCAUCAGGGAGGACAGGAACUUGUCUCAAGAUGACAACCGUGUGUGGGAGGAAAUGGUGCAGGUCCUGGACCUGGAGACAGACAUCGCCAAUGCCACAUCACCAGCAGAGGAACGCCAAGAUAUCACUGUUCUCUACCAGAAGAUGACGCUCAGUGAGCUUCAGAGCACAUUCAGCUUUAAUGGUUUUAACUGGACACAAUUUCUACAGGGUGUCUUGUCCAGUGUGUCCAUCAAUGUGAGGGCAGAGGAAGAGGUGGUGGUGUAUGGUGCACCCUACCUUGAGAAGAUGAACGACGUUCUCUCAAGACACAGUGUCAGAACUAUGCAGAACUACCUCACCUGGCAGCUCAUUGCUGACAGAGUUAAUAGUUUAAGUCGCCACUUCAAAGAUGCCAGAGCCCGUUACAGAAAGGCUCUUGACGGUACAACUGUGGAGGAUGCUUGCUGGAGAGAAUGUGUCCGCUAUGUCCAGAGCAGCAUGGAGAAUGCAGUCGGGGCACUUUACGUACGAGAGACCUUUGCUGGCGAAAGUAAACGAAUGGUUAGUGACCUCAUCAAUAAGAUCCAAGAAGCAUACGUGGAAACACUUGAGGAGUUAAGCUGGAUGGACGCUCCAUCAAAGGAGAAGGCCAGAGAGAAGGCCAUGGCAAUAAAGGAACAAAUUGGCUAUCCAGACCAUAUUCUGGAGGAGAGUAACCAGAAGCUUGACCAGGAGUAUGCCCAUUUAAAUUUCAGUGAAGAACAUUACUUUGAGAACAUCCUCGAGAACCUGAAGUCUGAAACUCACAAGAGUCUGAAGAAACUCAGAGAGCCAGUUGACUCUGAAUUGUGGAUCACUGGUGUUGCUGUGGUGAAUGCGUUCUACUCACAUAACAGAAACCAGAUAGUAUUUCCUGCAGGAAUCCUGCAGCCACCAUUCUUCAGUAAGCACCAGCUCCAGGCCCUCAACUUUGGUGGAAUUGGAAUGAUCAUCGGACACGAGAUCACACAUGGUUUUGAUGACAAUGGGCGUAAUUUUGACAAGGAUGGUAAUAUGCUCAACUGGUGGAGUAAUUAUUCGGCUGAACAUUUCAAAGAGCAGUCACAGUGUAUGGUGCAACAAUACAGCAACUUCAACUGGAAGCUUGCAGGUGGACAAAAUGUGAGUGGAAUCAGCACUCUGGGCGAAAACAUUGCAGACAACGGAGGGGUUCGACAGGCUUAUAAGGCUUAUCUGAAGUGGGUGGAAAGACAUGGCGAAGAGCUUCGUCUGCCGGGUCUAGACAUGGAUCAUAAGCAACUUUUCUUUCUGAACUUUGCCCAAGUGUGGUGUGGUGCCUAUCGCCCCGAGUAUGCUAGCCAGUCCAUCAAGACUGACUCUCACAGUCCCUUAGAAUACAGGGUGCUUGGAUCACUCCAGAAUUUUGAAGCAUUCUCAGAGGCUUUCCAGUGUGAAAAAGGAAGUCCCAUGAAUCCUGAGCUGAAAUGUCGUGUCUGGUAGAAAGCUUUACUUUUGAUAUUUAAAUUUUUGUCUGAAUUCAAAAGAAGACAUUUUGUCCUGCCUAUGAUGCUAAUUUAGGACAGCGUGGUGUUGAAGAUUUUUCCAUACGCUGUUUGGAAAUGAUAAUCGUGGCUACACUAGAAAUUCAAACUAUAACGAUACGAACAUUCUGAAAAAUUUAG